CAAACAAAGGGGCAAGGUCAUUUCCAAAUCAUUUCACGUGUGUGGUUGUCGGAGUGAGGUUGGAGUAUUUUUCAGUGUUCUAUGCGGAGAGGUUCUUACUGCUCCUCGCGCAGCAAGGAUGUCGGCCAAAGCCGUGCGUGAGGUUGAUGGCAAGAGCAUCUUGGCUCGCCACCUGCCGACUGCUCUUGGAGAGCGCUCGUCCUGUCUGUCUCAGUGCAGAUGCGUUGCUGUCAAGUCGGACACCGACUUGAGCGCCCUGUCGCGGUCCGCAGGAGAGAGCUGGCUGGCUAACACGGAACUUGUGGCAAAGCCGGAUCAAUUGAUCAAGCGUCGCGGUAAGCUGGGACUGAUCAAGGUAAAGGCAAGCCUGGACGAGGCGGAUGGCUGGAUUCGCGAACGUAUGGGCAAGCAAGUCACGGUUGGAGAGACCACCGGAACGCUGAACACGUUCAUUGUGGAGCCAUUCGUCGCACACUCUCAGGAUGAAGAGGUGUAUGUGUGUAUACACUCAACGCGAUCAUGUGACACGAUAUUAUUUCAUCACGAAGGCGGUGUGGACAUCGGUGAUGUUGACGCCAAGGCGAAGAAACUCGACGUUCCCGUGGGAACCACGCCAAGCAGGGAGAGUCUAGAGCAGCUCACCGCAGCAGCACCUUCCUCCAUACACGGCCUGCUAGUUGAUUUCAUCGUAGCUCUAUACAAGGUCUAUGUGGAUCUGUACUUCACCUAUCUGGAGAUCAAUCCGCUUGUCAUACACGACGGCCUAGUGUACAUUCUGGAUCUAGCGGCAAAACUCGACGCCACGGCGGAAUAUCUCUGCAAGGCCACGUGGGGCGAUGUGGCUUAUCCACCGCCAUUUGGACGUGACGCCUACCCAGAGGAGGCGUACAUUGCCGACAUGGAUGCCAAGAGCGGCGCGUCGCUCAAACUGACGGUUCUCAAUCCGCAAGGCCGCGUCUGGACCAUGGUUGCUGGAGGUGGUGCCUCAGUGAUUUACAGCGAUACAAUCUGCGACCUGGGAUUCUGUGAUCAGCUGGCUAACUAUGGCGAGUACUCUGGCGCUCCAAGCGAGUCGCAGACGUUUGAGUACGCCAAGACCAUCCUCUCUCUCAUGACCAAGGAGAAGGACGAUCGUGGAAAAGUGUUGAUCAUUGGCGGCGGAAUUGCCAACUUCACAAACGUUGCCGCUACGUUCAAGGGUAUCGUGCGUGCACUACAGCAAUACCAGCAAGCACUGCUGGAGCACAAAGUGAAGAUAUUCAUACGGCGCGGCGGCCCAAACUACCAGGAAGGACUGCGCGUGAUCAGCGAAUGCGGAGGCAAGCUGGGUCUGGACAUGUACGUGUUUGGACCGGAAACUCACAUGACUUCUAUCGUGUCCAUGGCGCUGGAUAAAAUCCCAAUCCCACGCGGCCCGUCCCCAGAAGGGGGUAACGAUGACGCAUUCGCGGGCAAUGCCGGCGUUGCGAGCGCUUGGAGCAGCCCUGGACUUCAGCGAGCAUCAUCAAUCGCAUCGGAGCCGGGCACAUCGGAAGCAAGCUCUGCCUCAGCCACUGACAGCACUGCAGCAUCAGCUGAAUUGGCGGCGUCAACAGCCCCAUCCCCUACCUCUCUGUUCACAGCUAAGACCAGAGCAGUGGUGUGGGGAAUGCAGAUACGCGCAGUCCAGGGUAUGCUGGAUUUCGACUUCUCCUGCAGUCGUUCACAACCAUCUGUGGCCGCCAUGGUCUACCCGUUCACUGGCAAUCAUCGUCAAAAGUUCUAUUGGGGAGCCAAGGAGGUUUUCAUUCCCGUUUACGGGAAAAUGGCAGAAGCGAUGGAGAAGCAUCCGGAUAUCGAUACGAUGAUCAGUUUUGCAUCACUGCGUUCGGCGUACGAAAGCACUAUGGAGGUCCUGGAGUUCCCUCAGAUUCGCAGUGUGUCCAUCAUUGCCGAGGGCAUCCCUGAGAACCUGACGCGCAAGAUGAUCGUGGCCGCCAGCAAGAAGAACGUCGCUAUCAUCGGCCCCGCAACGGUCGGAGGUAUCAAGCCGGGAUGUUUCAAGAUUGGAAACACCGGCGGAAUGCUCGACAACAUCCUCAACUCCAAACUCUACCGGCCUGGCAGUGUUGCGUACGUGUCUCGUUCCGGCGGUAUGUCCAAUGAGCUGAACAACAUCAUCUCUCGAAACACGGACGGAGUGUUUGAAGGCGUCGCCAUCGGUGGAGACCGUUACCCGGGCACCACGUUUCUCUAUCAUCUGCUGCGUUUCCAUGACGAACCCGGAGUUCAGCUUAUCGUCAUGCUUGGAGAGGUUGGUGGCGUUGAGGAGUACGAGGUGAUUGAGGCCAUGAAGGAUGGACGCAUCACUAAACCGCUUGUUUCCUGGUGUAUCGGUACAUGCGGCAGCUUCUUCUCCUCCGAAGUUCAAUUUGGCCAUGCCGGUUCCAGUGCGAACUCCACCAAGGAAACAGCAGCGGCUAAGAACAAGGCCCUUCGCGAGGCUGGUGCACAUGUGCCGUCGAGUUUUGAAGAUCUUGGCAUCACGAUACAAAAGACGUUUGAGCAUCUGAAGGUGGACGGCAAGAUUCCCGUCCGGCCCACGGUCACACCGCAGCGCGUACCAAUGGACUACACGUGGGCUCAGGAGCUCGGUCUUAUUCGCAAGCCAGCUUCGUUCAUGAGCAGUAUCUCGGACGAGCGCGGUCAGGAACUCUCCUACGGCGGUAUGCCCAUCAGCCAUGUCUUCAAGGAGGAUCUUGGCGUCGGAGGAGUGCUGAGUCUGCUGUGGUUUCAACGCCGGUUGCCGGAAUACGCUUUGAAGUACAUUGAGAUGUGCCUUAUGAUCACCGCAGAUCACGGGCCAGCUGUGUCCGGUGCGCAUAACACCAUUGUGACAGCGCGUGCUGGCAAGGAUCUUAUUUCCUCGGUGACCUCUGGUCUACUCACCAUUGGUGAUCGUUUUGGUGGUGCUCUCGACGACUCUGCCAAGCUGUUCUCCGAAGCCUACGACAGCAAUCAGUUGCCGAUGGAGUUUGUCAACUCCAUGCGCCGACAGCACAAACUCAUUCCCGGAAUUGGACAUCGCGUCAAGUCUCUGAACAACCCUGAUCAACGUGUGGUGAUCCUGCGUGACUUUGCGCUAGCCAACUUCCCAGCCACGCCACUUAUGUCUUAUGCGUUGGAGGUGGAGAAGAUUACGACAGCCAAGAAACCCAACCUGAUUCUGAAUGUCGAUGGCGUGAUUGCCACGUCGUUCGUGGACCUUCUGCGCAACUGUGGCGCUUUCUCACGGCAAGAAUCCAAUGAGUAUAUUUCUAGCGGUGUGCUGAACGGUUUCUUCGUGCUCGGUCGUACGAUGGGAUUUAUCGGUCACUAUCUGGAUCAGAAGCGCUUAAAGCAGGGUCUAUACCGUCACCCCUGGGACGAUAUCUCCUACAUCAACCCGCGCGACCUGGACAGACACUGACUCUAAAUCGCCUGCCUGGUCCUCAGCUGGCGGUGGCCGUCGGCGACUUCACUAGUGUUGGGUCGUCACGGUUACCCGCUGACUGUCGGUGCCACGUGCCACUACUUCCCUGUCGCCCUCCGCUUAGGUAGCCCCCUCUAACCCAGACACUCUGAAUGCGUGUAAGUUAUUUUGUAGCAUCCGGAAUAUUCUACGACGACCACCCCCGUGCCGCAGAUAGCCAUAGCGCUAGUAGGCUUGACCCUAGAAAGCUAGUCAUAACGCCAAAGCCACCGUAGUAGAUAACGUCCUACCUGUCCUCAUCCUACUUUCGCUGAGUGCGUCUGACAUGAGUGCUGGGAGUCGCUCCCUCGACCUCCUCUGGGCAUGACGCUGCUGCCCAGUAGUGGUCAAUCUGAUUGACUCAGGACCUCUCUCUCUCUCUCUCUGCCGCAAUGUGCAGCUAUUUGCAUGGUGGUGUAUUUAAAUAUUCUCCGUGUAUCUCCCACCACCAGCACCCCCGACCGUGGAGGUGGUGGUGGUGGGUGCAAUCUCACACGUUUGCACACGCUGCAUAAACAUACGCGCUCGCGUACGGACGGACGUGUGCGCGUACGAACGUAAGUGCGCGCGCAUGCAAGAUCACUUGUGUGCAGUCCCCCGUCGUCCUGUCCGUAUCGUACCGCUUGCCGUGGGCACUCCGUGGCGCUGUUUGCACCGCCGUACUUCGUAAUGUAGUCCUCCAGUCCACUCUGCCAUGCUCUGAUGGCGAAAUGUAUGACAAACUGGCUGCUAUGUCCUACAACUACUUCUACUACUGCCCUCGUUCUGCUCGUAGCAGCAGCAGUGUAGUAUAGAUGCGAUCAACAAUGGCCCUGUGGCCAUGCCCUACGCCCCCCCCCCCCCCACCCCUCCCCCCUCCCUCCCUGACUUCAACCAAGUUCGACCAGCAACAUGUUUUAUCUCUGCUCCCUGAGAAAAGCUCACAAAAAUCUGGCCUGGAUUGGGGAUUUUUAGCUCUUUCGUAUCAUGAUCCUUACUUCUGUAUUCUUUCGUAGUGGCGAAUUCCGGAAAUCCCUCUCUCGCCCGGCUCCCUUAUGUUUCAACUUUUAUGUUGUGUGCUCUAUGCUUUUACCCCUCCUUUGUUUUGAACAAUAUUUUAUGUAUUCUGCAUUCCCUGGUUUACAUUUCUGGAUUAUUUCCAUAACUGGCGGGAUUUCCUUCGGGCGAAGCUGCUCGUUAUCGUGUAUUUUUAAAAUUCA